AUGAGGGAGAAGAGCAAAACCUGCCUGAGUCCCAGUGGAGAAGCUUCCCAAGGAGAAAUGGUCCUGCCCUGCAGAUUUGGAGACUCACAACUACAUUGCUGGAGGAUUUGGGAGUAAUAUUGGACUGGUUUAGGGCCCUUCCAGCCUGCAGUGACUAUUUAUCCCUAUUUAUCCACAUGUGCCAUGGUCGGCGAGCUCCAUCCUCUGGAUAUUUCUCUUCCCCAAGGUAAAACUCCCCAUGUAUUUAAUUUUUUUGUCCUCCCGCACCCCCCAGGUCAUCCCAGCCACGCUUUGCUGCCUCCCCGAAGCCGCUGGCCCGGCGUUUUCCAGCCCAUUGAAGCCCAAUUAUCCCUCCCCAGUGACGUUGGCUCCGUUGAUCCGCCGGGAAAAGUGCGGUGGGAGCCGAGCCCGGCGGGCACAGACGGGCAGAGCCAUCACCGGCACAGCACCGGGGGCACGGGUGGGGCAGGAUGAGGCCCCUGGACGGCUGGUGCUGGGUGGCGAUGCUGCUCCUCGCCCUCUUCAGCGACGUGGCCGGCGGUCGCCGCGGGGGCGGCGGCAGAGCCGGGGGUCGCGGCGGCGGCGGGGCCGGGGGGCUCCGCGGGGGCUUCCGCGCCGUGUCCCGCGGCGGGGGCACCCCCGGGCGCGGCUCCAAGGUGGCCGGAGCCAUCGCGGCCGGGGCCGCCGCGGGCUACGGGAUGGGGCUGCUGGGGCGGCCGCGCCCGUCCCGCCUCGGUCACGGCAUCCCCGCGGCCCGGCAGCCCCCGCCCGCGGGCGGCUUCCACGCCGCCAGCUGGCCGGACGUGGGGGGCAAGCGGGGACCCCCCAGCCGAGCCCCCCGGGACCGCGGCGGCAUCGGCCUCGCCCUGCUCUUGGCAUUCACCGCCUGCUUCGUGAGCCACGGGCUGCAGCGCUGAGCGCGGCGAGGGCACCUCGGGACCCCCGGCCCGGCCCGCCGGGAUUUCUUAGUGGAUGACUUUCCUGGGAGAUUAGAUGUGGCUUGCGGGAGGUGGAAGAGAUGCUCCGCGGCUGCCUCAGUGUCCCUUCUCCCCGGAGCUGGGCAGCCAUCCCAGUGCUCACGAGGACAUCUGGGAGCUGGAUGGAUCCUGGAAACCCCCGUCUGUGCAGGCACCUACACGAGCAAACCCAGCCCCGCAAGGACCUGGGGAUAUCUGCGCCUGGAGCGAUGCUGGAGCGGCCCCGCCAGCGCUCGGCUCUGGUUUCCCAUGGCACGGCUUUCCCAAAGAAAUCGCUCCUUUCCCCCCAAAAGAGCGCUGGGACUUGUGGGGAGGGGGGAUGUGGGGUUUGGAAAUGGACCCCUCUGCCUUGCAAUAAAGUUUGGCCUUGAGACAUCC